GGAGACUCCAAGCCAGAGCAAGAGAUCUGACUUUUGUGUGCAGCAACAACAAAGACUGUUACAUGAGGACAAGUGUGGACAAAAUGCCAAGUAAAGCUCAAGAGGAUGCUGUGAUCAAUUUGAAAUCUAUUCAGGAUAUCUCUAAGCAGCUGGGCUUCGAGUGGACAGUUCUUGCGUAUGAACUGGGCUUCACCAGAAACGAAGUGAGGCAGUUUCACGCCACAUCUCAAGAAAAAAGGGUUCAGGCCAAGAGCAUGCUGGAAUCCUGGUAUGAUCGCUCUUGGGACAAGCCCAAUAAGACUAAACUGCUUCAGGAUGGUCUGGAGCGAGCUGGUCGUCGGGACCUGGCUGAGAAGCUGCGCUGUCUGCACUGGGGCCACCAGAAACUCAGUCGCAGAGUGGAGCUACCCUCUGCCUUUCCCUUUCUCAUUACAGUCCACAAGACUAUAGACAACAAGGAUGCCCUGCGUAGAAUCAAUGAACUUAAUCGUAGUUACAACUAAAUUUAUUUCUUGGCAGGCAUGUGUUCUCAG